AACAUCAAUAUGUGGCAAAGAGGGCAGGGACAGUCCUUUCUCCCAGCCGUUCCAAGCCCUGCCUCUCGACCUGACCUCCUUCAUGGCAGAAGAGGGGGAGGGCAGAGGCGGAGGGAAGGGAGGAGGCGGAGGGAGGGAAGGAAGCGGAGGAGACUGACUCGUGGGAUGACAGUGGAAGGUGUGAAGCAGAGUAUGGAGUCAAUUAGUGAUGUGUACCUGGGUCUGCAAGAUGUGGCCAGGAAAGGACUGGCGCAGGUGGUGGGGUGCUCUAGGAGUGGAGAGUGGCCUGCCUCUCCCGCCGCGGUUGCCCCAGGACCUGCAGGCUGCCCCCGGAGUGCAUGCGGCGCCUGCUGUGUGAGGUACACGGCGCGGCCACUGCCAGGCACGGCCACACUAGGAGCUACGCCAUGCUGCCCUUUUGGACGGCGGCGGUGCGGUGGCUGAAGGACGGAGACCAGCAGGAGCAGAAGGAAGAGAAAAUACCUGCUAUUCUUGAAGACCUAAGGGCGGAGGUAGCGGGGCAGAGCGGAAGAAACUGUUCUGCCCUCUUCCCAGCCUGCCACGACCCCAACCUGCUGCCCUUCAGGACCCUACUGCAGGAGGAGCGGGGGGAAGGAACAGCGGGAGGAGAGAGAGAUGGGGUGGAGAAUCAACUGUUUGUGUUCCCAGAAGAGGAGGAAGAGGAAGGGAGAGGAGGAGAGAAGAGGAGAGCGUAGGGUUGCGUCACCUCAACCACCAUCACCACCUCAACCACCACCACCACCACCGCUUAGUAACGAAGGAGGAAGAGAAGAAAACGUCAAAAUUAACUCAAAAGUCUUGUUUAUCCCAUCUUCCUUCUUCUAAUUGAACGUUGGAGGAGAAAAUAAGAAAAGAGGAAAGAAAGAAAACGGGAAUUUUUUUUUAUUAAAGUUUCCGUUUGUCUGGAAUUUUUAGAAAACGGAAAGGUGAUUUUUUAAAAGUUUUCUAUACAGGAGAGUGAGAAAAAUAGGCAAAAAAAUAUGUAUAUGUAGAUAAACGAGAUAUGCAUAUUUUUUUUUCAGUGAUAGAAAAAAAAAGAGAGAAAAAUAUUAGAAAAAAGAGAAAUAUAGAAAAAUAACGGCACAAUUUUUCAAAACCAGACUGAACCUAACGUUAAAGGAACCAAAAUAUCGACAUUGGCACAGAGGAAAGAAAUAGCUACAUGAAAGACUUUAGUGAACCAAACACCUACAAUAAACAUACGAGACAAAAAAAAAAAAUAAAUAAAUAAAUAAAAUAAACAAACUGCAAAUAAGAUAACUAGGAAAAGUAAGAUAAAUAAGAAUAAUCAAGGAGAAUAAAGAAAAAAAUACGUUAGUCUUUAGUGAAGGAAACAUGAAAUAAACAAAAUAAAUAAAACAAUUGAAUAAAUAAAGAAAAACACAAAUAAGGAUAAAUAAGAAAAAAAUAAAGCGAAGGAAAGAAAAAUAGACAUGAACCAAAAUAAAUAAACAAACAAAUAAACAAAGAUAAAUACAAAUAACAACAACAACAAUAAUAAAAAAAACGAAUAAAAAAUAUAUAUUAAACCCGCAAACACAACCAAAAAUAAAUAAAUAAAUAAAAAAAAACCCCACAAAUACGAAUCAAUAAGAAGGAAGAAGUUUACAAAGGCAACAUAAUCUUUUCCUUCACAAAAUAUACACUAUCACUACCCACAAUCACUGUUUGAAGGCUUCCUGGGACAGUUUUACCCGCUGAUAGCCUUAUAAUACCACCCAUCAUUUCUCCUCGCCUCAGGUUACCCCGCCUCUCCUCGCCUCUCUUCCCCUGGGACUCGAUAAUGCACGAUAUCAGAAAGCAAUAGCAAUUUCUAAGUCUCCCCUUUCCGCAAACUCGACCGGUUUUCUUUCUUCAUCAUAAAAAACGGGUCGCUUUUUUCUCUCUCUCUCUCUCUCUCUCUCUCGGGAGAUCUAAAGUACGUUUUCUUUUAUGUUAUCUCGUAGAAAACGGUGGAAAAGGUACUCAAAAUAACGUACUUUUUUUCUAAUCUAAACUUGUAGAAAAUGAGAGGGACCUUUUCCUCUCGUUUUCUUUUCACACCAAACUCACAGAAAACGGGAAAAUUGACGUAACGUGUUUUCUUUCAGUUUUUAAUCAAUUAUAUAUGAAACAGAAAGGACUUAUCAGUAACUACCUUACGAGAGAGAGAGAGAGAGAGAGAGAGCCAGGCCUUAUAAUAUUAAUCGUUCUCUUACUUUCUUUUAGUGCCCCUUAAAAACUUAAUAACCUUACAGAAAACGAGUGACUGUUCAAAACCUUCCAGUUCUUCCAGUGUGAAUCACAGCACGAAGGAAACACAACAAAACACAAAGAAAGACCUCAAAAAACACGCCAUAAGAAAAGAACACAAAGAAAAAACAACAAUACACGUUCAAAAGGCAAGGGAAAUAAGAAACACGUAAAGAAAAUCAAGAAAAUAUUAAUAAAAACGAAAAAUAAGAAUUAACUAAAAAAAAAUAAAAAAAAGACUAGGAAAAUAAGAAUCACGUAAAGAAAAUAAAAAAGACAAAUGAAGCAAACACAAAGGAAGCCAAAGGAAAAAAUAUCAAAAGAAAGAAAAUAAAUAAAAAUAAAUAAAUAAAGAGAAAGACGAAAGGUUGGAAAGAAAAGUAAACAAAGGAUAAAUAGAAGAGAGAGAAAAGAAAAUAAGAUUUGAAGAACGAAAGAACAAUAAUUCUCAAGAAAUAGAAAGAAAGAAAGAGAGAAACCAGGAAUAGAAACAUCAAUAAAAGAGGAAAUAGAGAAGAAACCAAUAACAACAACAACAACAACAACGGUAAACAAACAAACAGACAAAGAGCAAUAAACAGAAGCGCACGAAGGACAAAAACUUAAUAAAAAAAAAGAAAAAAAAACAAAAAGGAAGAAAAAAAAACAACUCAAAGGAACCCAAAGAAAAAAACAAUCACCAAACACACACAAACAAACACACACAUGAAGAGGAACAAGGAGAGAGACGACACCACAGCCACCACCACCACCACCACUAGCAAAAACAAGAAGGACAAGGAGAGAAAAGACACGGCAGAAAACAAGGAAGGGGGAAAGGAUGCUGAGGAGAAAGGAGGAGGUCGUGAAGUAGGAGGAGGAGGAGGGGGAGGGGGAGGAUGCGCUACACUACCCUUGGGCGUGGCGACAGGAGGAGGCAGGAGAACACGAAAGGACAGCAACAGGACCUCCGUAGCAGCCACUAUGAAGGAGAGCAAGCUGGUAAUACUCGGGGCAGGAGGCGUAGGCAAGACUUCCCUAGUCCUUCAAUUUCUUCAAGGAUUCUUCUCCACUGCUUAUAAACCCACGGUAGAAGAUUGUUACAGCCACACCCUACAGCUGCCUAACGGCCUCUUCCACGCCCUGGAGAUCCUGGACACGGCAGGCUCCCACCACUUCCCAGCCAUGAGAGAGCUGUCCAUCAGGUCCGGUCGUGCCUUCGUCAUUGUCUUCGCCGUGAACAACGAGCAAAGUUUCUACGAGGCCGAGAGUCUGUGGGAGAUGAUCACAAAGAUUAAAGGGACGGAGACGGCGCCGGUGGUGGUGGUGGGGAACAAGGUGGAUCUGGAGAGGGAGCGUGCCGUCAGCUUCCAGAGGGCACAGAACUGGGUGGACACGUGUAUGACCAACGCUUCUUAUCUGGAAACAUCAGCUAAAUACAACAUCAACGUGGGGGAACUGUUUAAGCAGCUACUCAUCCGCACCUACGGCUUAGCGAACAACGAGAUGGCUCCGAGCGGGGCGAGAGGGCGGCUCAAGUCUCUCGGCAACAUUAUGGAAGUGGUUCGCCGGCGUUCCUUCAGCCUGGCCCAAGCCGCGUCCUGCUCUGCUAUCCCUGAUCACCCAGACAUCAGGGACCACAAGUGUGUCCUCCUGUAGACGCUUCCACUCAUCUCCCGGCGACCUCCACGCGUCCUCCAGCCUCCUACGGGGAUAUAAAAUUACCUCUACGUGUUUCCACUAGUCUCCACUUUCCCUUCAUCUCCACCAGACCUCCACUAGCGUCCUUUAGGGUAUAUAGUGAGCAAAAUUAAUACUAGACUAGAGGACUCCACCCACCUCCACUAGUGCUGCAGCAGGUGACCUCCAUUUUCCCUCUGUGGUAACUAAGUGCCCUCCACUCAUCUCCACUUGCCUUAUGUGACUUCUAAGUGUACUUCCACUGGCCUCCACUUGUCUCCACGAUGCCUCAGAAUAAUCUUCCACCCACGCUCAUCUCCAUUCAUCUUCAUUACCUCCUGUCGGCAUCCACUCAUCUCCGCGCGGCACGAAGAACUUUUGACUCAUCUCCACGCUCCACUAAAGGUUUCCCACUCAUCUCCACUCAUCUCUACCCUCCACCAAGGAUCUUCUCAUCUCCACUCAUCUCCAGCAGCCUCUUAGUAAUCUCUCUCCUCCACUUAUCUCCACCACACAGCCUCCUCCUCUGUCCUCCUCCUGCUCUUCUCCACACAGAGCUAAGGAAUCUUCUGUUUGCUUCCAUCUCAUCUCCUCCAGUUCACCUCCCAUCUCCACCUCCACUGACUCAUCUCCACUCAUCUCCACAAGGUCAAGUUCACAGCUUCCACAAAUUCCUCGCUUCCCUUUCACCUGACCUGACCUACAGCGAACCUAACGUGACCUGACCUGACCUAACCUAACCCAAGCUAACCUAACAUGACCUGACCUAGUCUAACCUGAAAUAAUACGUACAAUCAAACCUGACCUUACCUAACCCAAGCUAACCUAACUUGACCUGACCUAACCUAAGAUGAUCUGACCUAACCUAACAUAGCGUAAAGUAACUUGACCUAACCUGACUUGACCUGCUCUAACCCCAUGAAACCUGAUAGAGCCUAAACUCAUCUAACCUGACCCAACUAAACCUAACCUAAACUAACUUAACCUGACCUGACAUGACCUAAUCCAAUCUAACCUAACCUAACUUGACCUGGUGACCUCCUCAGCCUUACAGUGACCUGGGUGUCUUACAGCACUGAUCUCGUGGCCUAAUGUGACCUUCCUUGUGACCUCUGUGUGACCUGUAUUAGCUUGUGAGGUCAUCUUCGCCUCCCGUCUGACUGAUCUACAGAGAGAGAGAGAGAGAGAGAGAGAGAGAGAGAAUAGAUAUGUAGGUUGUAAUGAGUGUUACUAAGUCGUAUGUUGUUUGUGAGUAAAAAUUUUCAAAAGCUGUGGUGUUGCGGUUAGCCCAACACACACACACACACACACACACACACACACACACACACAUUGCCUCCAGUAUGUUUCUGUGAUUUAGUCAUUAGUCUGUCUGUCUGUGUCACUGAAGCUAUCAAUGAAUCACUAAGACGCCUUGUAACUGCGUCCGGAACAGCUUCGCGCGCUGAUCCGAACCACUGAAUCCUCUAUCUGCUUCAUUCCACCACGCAAGGGAACCGAUCUCCACUCCUGCAGUAAUGGUGGUGGGAACUAUGAAGGUAAUGAUGGUGAUGGUGAUGAUGGUGAUAAUAAUAAUAAUGAUAAUGAUAAUGAUAAUAAUAAUGGUAAUAAUAAUAAUAGCUGCAACAGCAAUAAUAAUGAUAAUACCGGCAUCAAUUGUAAUAAAGGUCGCUAUACAAGUAAAUAAAUUUCGAUAUAUUUUAGUGUAUUUUUUUUGUUGAUGAAGUGGUGCUGAUUAGAUAGCGUAAAACAAAAUUAAUUAUGUUUUUUUUUUUGUUACAUAAAUUGCUUCGUAUAAAAAAAAGUACAAAGAAAAAAACAUACGACCACUCUCUGUUUUCCGUUACAUAGAAGUGAAAGUAAUUGAGAAAGAAAAAAAAAUGCAAAAUUACGAUAGAAAUAUGAGAUUUGUUAACAGGAAGGAAUUAUAUGAAGGAGGCUUGUUACUAUUGGUGUUGUUGUUGUUGUUGCUGCUGUUGUUAGGGAUGCGGCGAUCCAUAUUCCGGUGGUUCGGAUGAGCGGGAGGAAGAUGUACGAUAAUUAUGCAUUCUUCGUCUGGAGGUGUUAUAAUCUUCAGCCCUAUAGUAUUAUAUAAGACGUGACAAUACUAAUAACAAUAAUAAUAUAACGAUAGUUCGUAAAGCCAACUGGAAAGUGUAUAACCAAUUUGUAGUAUGAAAAAAAAAAGUAUAUAUACAUAUCUAUAUAUUAUUAUCGGUGUAUCAAAAUAUGGGAGUGAGUGAGAAGGGUGGUGGUGUUGGCAAUACUGCUUAGGUGUUGUUGAGUGAUAGCAUGUUGAAGUGUGUUGAAAUAUGAAUUAUUGUAUCAUUCUCAUACACUUAUUUGUUUGUCUAUUUUAUCUGUUAAUUUGUUUGUUUGUUUGUUCGUUCGUUUGUUUAGUCACUUGUUUGUUUGUUCGUUCGUUUAUUAACAUACGUAGGUGCUUGUUCAUUUGUUUAUUCGCUUGUUUAUUUAUAGAUUUUUCAGUUAAUCAAAUACUCAGUUAAUAUAUUUGCUUAUCUGUAUGUCUCUCUAGUCAUUAAUUUUCUGAUUUAUUUAUGUACAAAUUAUUAUUAUUAUUAUUUUACAUUUUUUUUUGUUUAUUCAAUUCACAUAUCGUUAUUUAUUUAUUUUAUCUAUCUAUUUUAUUCAUUUGUUUGUUUAUUCAUUUAUUUAUUUAUAUGCUUUUAUUAUCAUUUAUCCAUUUAUUUAUAUAUUUAUUUACUUGUUCUCUCUAAUGACGGGUCGAGAGUUGAGCGGCUCGGAGCGGCGUGUUUCGAUAGAGAGGGAAAGAUGAGCGGUGUAAGAAGACGAGUAAUAGUAAUAAACUUCUCGCUAUCAAAUUUCCCCGCCUUUUUCUUAGGUGUAAACUGUUUUCUAUUCUGUAAUAAAUAAAAUGUGUUAAGUGUUGCAUUUCUCUUGUUUUAUUACGUACGGAAGAUGGUAGAGAUUCUUGUUUGCAGUAAGUUCCUUGGUUCAUAUUAAUGUGUACUAUAAUAUAUAUCUUUCAGCCAGCCCGUAUUUAUUAUAAUUGGGCCAAACACCAUCCAGAAAGGUACUACUUGUAUGAAAUAGUGUUUAUAGUUGUAGUUUAGCUGUAGUGUAUAGUUUUUCCCAUAGGUGUAUAAUUCUAAAAUAGUUUGUAUAUUUAUCUAGCUGUUUGGUAUGAUAUUAUUAAAUCCUAUGGUUUGUAAUAAUAAUGAUUGUGAUAAUUAUGUAGCCUUGAAAUAGUUUUGAAAAGUAUAGCCUACGUGUAAUGCUACGAUAAUUUUCUCAUGACUUGUAAUUCUAAGUCAUAUAUCAAAUUGGUUGGCUUUGGUAGUAUUUUAGAUUAAGAUAAUAUAAAAAUAAAUACUUCUAAGACUUUUUAAUAUCAAGUAGCACGUAAUUAUUCUAUUUAAGAUUCAAUGGUUCCAUUCCGUCCCGAGGUGGCAACACUGCUUGGCUUUGCGACGUGGAGAGGAGUCGAGUGCUUCAUUCAUUCGUCCAUUUUGACUUUGUCCGGCGUCCUGUGAACUUCUUUGACCUGCAGCAGCUUGAUACUCCCAGGCGGGCAGGGAGAGAGUCACGGCUGUCUGGGGCUUGAGGAAGUGGUCAAAAUAAGGAAGAUUGGUCACUCCCAACAAUUGCGUAAUGGCUGAAAGCAUGAUGGAAGGUGGUGGCUGGUGUGCUGUAGUGCUGUGUGGGUGGUUGCUGCAGGAUAGAGGCACACUUGCAAGACCCUGUGCCAAUUGUUCCACUCUCCACUGCCAGCUGGUUCUAGUUUUCCUGGUGUCCUGUGUUUUGGUUCAUAUUUCUACAACAAAAUGCAGCAGCACAUUGUCUCAAUAAGCAAGUUCACCCAAAGUUAUUAAUUAAAUUGAAUAAACAAGAAAAAUAAUAUGGAACUUGUAGCUUUUCAAAUUAUAGUCAUUCCCUUCUGGUGGUUAUGCUCUGCCUGUGCUCUGCCCCCUUCCCUCUGACUCACCUGACUGGCUGGUGGUGAUGAAACCAGCUCAGUAAGAUUGUGCCCUGUAUACACGAGAUUUAAUUAAUAUUUUUUUAAGAAAACUGAAUUUGAUUGUGACUUUACUCCACUUACCAGCAUUUUCUUGAAAAAAUAAUCAAAUCUCGUGUAUACAGGGCACAAUCUCACUGAGAUGGUUUGCACCACCACCAGCCAAUCAGCUGAGUCUUCUAAGUUUACAAGUUAUUAUAUUGUGCCUUCAAAUUAAAUGUUAUGUAUCUCAAGUGACAUGAAAAGGUGCAGACUGCCAUAUUUAAUAAACUAUCAAAUGUGCAGACUGCCUUGUUUUAAUAAACUAUCAAAUAUGUGCAA